AUGCGUGAAAUCGUCCAUCUCCAAACCGGCCAAUGCGGUAACCAAAUUGGUGCUGCUUUCUGGCAAACCAUCUCUGGUGAGCAUGGUCUCGACGGAUCUGGCUUCUACAAUGGCUCCUCCGAUAUCCAGUUGGAGCGCAUGAACGUUUAUUUCAAUGAGGCUUCUGGCAAGAAGUACGUCCCCCGUGCCGUCCUCGUCGACUUGGAGCCCGGUACCAUGGACGCAGUCCGUGCCGGUCCCUUUGGCGAACUCUUUCGUCCAGACAACUUCGUUUUCGGCCAGUCUGGUGCUGGAAACAAUUGGGCCAAGGGCCAUUACACCGAGGGUGCUGAGCUGGUGGACCAGGUGAUCGAUGUCGUCCGUCGUGAGGCUGAAGGCUGUGACUGCCUCCAGGGUUUCCAAAUUACUCACUCCCUUGGUGGUGGGACCGGUGCCGGUAUGGGAACUUUGUUGAUCUCCAAGAUACGUGAGGAAUUCCCAGACCGCAUGAUGGCCACUUUCUCCGUCGUUCCUUCGCCCAAAGUCUCCGACACCGUUGUCGAGCCAUACAAUGCCACCCUCUCAGUUCAUCAACUCGUUGAGCACUCUGAUGAGACCUUCUGUAUCGAUAACGAGGCUCUGUAUGAUAUCUGCAUGCGGACUCUCAAGCUCUCUGAGCCAUCAUAUGGCGACCUCAACCAUCUUGUCUCCGCAGUCAUGUCCGGUGUGACCACCUGCCUACGAUUCCCUGGUCAGCUUAACUCUGACCUACGCAAACUCGCCGUCAACAUGGUUCCUUUCCCUCGUCUUCACUUCUUCAUGGUCGGAUUCGCUCCUCUCACCAGCCGUGGCGCAUACUCUUUCCGUGCUGUCACCGUUCCGGAAUUGUCUCAACAGAUGUUCGAUCCUAAGAACAUGAUGGCUGCUUCCGACUUCCGUAACGGCCGUUACCUCACCUGCUCAGCUAUCUUCCGUGGUAAGGUAUCCAUGAAGGAAGUCGAAGAUCAGAUGCGCAAUGUUCAAAACAAGAACAACACCUACUUCGUUGAGUGGAUUCCCAACAAUGUUCAGACCGCUCUCUGCUCCAUUCCUCCUCGCGGUCUCAAGAUGUCUUCCACUUUCGUUGGAAACUCCACCUCCAUCCAGGAACUCUUCAAGCGUGUUGGUGAUCAGUUCACCGCUAUGUUCAGACGCAAGGCUUUCUUGCAUUGGUAUACGGGUGAGGGAAUGGACGAGAUGGAAUUCACUGAGGCGGAGAGCAACAUGAACGAUUUGGUCUCCGAGUACCAGCAGUACCAGGAGGCUAGCAUUUCCGAGGGAGAGGAUGAAUAG